AAUAGACAUAUAAUGAUGGUUUCUUGUGGAGCUUAUGUUGUGUUUGAAUGUUCAGUAAGAAUAAAGAAUUUGAAAAGUAAUUUAAGAAAAUUAAAAGCUUUGAAAUUGCUUUUUCUGUUAUUGUGUAGAAUUAAAAUAUGUUUCAACAUCAUUUUAGAUGGAGGUGCUUACCUUUUAGAAAGUUUAAACCCAACCCCUCUGUUAUUGCCAUGCAAAGUUAGAGCAGUUUCUUGUGGUAAAGAACAUUCACUUCUUCUCUCAGAAAAUGGAACAGUACUCAGUUUUGGGCUUGGAAGCCGUGGACAGCUAGGGCAUGGUACACUAGAUGAAGUAGCUGAACCUCGAGUUGUGGAAGCUUUAGAGGGACUAGUAGUCACAUCUGUUGCUGCUGGAGGCUGGCACUCUGCUGCUUUAACAGCUGAUGGAAACUUAUGGUGUUGGGGAUGGAAUAGCUAUGGGCAGCUGGGAAUAGAAGAAAAAGCAGUUGAUGUGGCUACUAAAGUUCCUUUACUGAAUGACGAUUUACCUCAAUACUAUUACUUACAUAAAGGUAAGAUUUACUUUUAUUAUAUAUCAUAUUUCAUUAUCUAGAUGAAGAGUAUU